AUGGGGGCCUAUCAUGUGAUCAUCACCCUGUUCCUGCUCUGGAAAGAUACCACAUGUCAGGAAGCGGCUGGUUAUUCACUUCAGGUGAAUCGUGCUGUCACUGUACAGGAGGGUCUGUGUGUCACCAUCCCUUGUAGCUUUACCGCUGACAACAGGAGAACAUUCACAAGCUCCACAGGAUACUGGUGGAAAUAUGGUUCUAAUGACAUUGUAGCCUCUAAUGAUAAAUCUGCUACUGUGGUAAAGCCAAACUUCCAGCUGACAGGAAAUCCAGAUAUCGGGGACUGCACACUGACAAUAACUGGUGCCAGGAAAGAAGAUAGAGGGACAUAUUCUUUCAGGUUUGAAGAAUCUCCAAGGAGUGCUGUCAAAUAUAGCUAUAUAUCACCUAUGGUAUCUGUGGCAGUGACAGAGCUUUCCCAAAAGCCAGAAAUCUACGUCCCCGGAAAGAUAACUGCAGGUCAGGAGGUGACACUAACCUGUUCCUUACCUGGGACCUGCUCUGGACUUUCACCAGCUUUCCAAUGGACAAUGGGUGAUCAGAAAAUGCAUAAAGACUCAUCAACAAUGACAUUUACCCCAUCUCGAAGUGAUAACAUGAAAAUUAUAACCUGUACAGUGACCCUACCAAAUCUAGUGACUGCUACACAGACCUAUAUAAAUAUGGUUGUUCAAUAUCCUCCAACAUUCACUAUCACAGGGGAGAUCGGAGGAAAAAUACUACAGAAAACUGAGACAGUGACAGUGCUGGAGGGAGACUCUCUGAGACUGAACUGCUCGGUAGACAGUAACCCGGCAGCUAAUGUGACCUGGAAGAAGGGAGAAGACGAUGUUCCCAGCAGUGAGACUGGACAAGGGCUGGAGCUCAGUCUGACGGACAUACAGACUAACGCUGCUGAUACAUAUUACUGCGUAGCAGAGAGUGAACAUGGGAAGUUCCAAUGUCCUUUCAUUACAGAUCCACCGAGAAAACCAGAUGUCACCGUCUCCUCAGCUACAGGUGGACAACUUGAAGCAAACCAGUCUGUGAUCACAAAUGAAGACGGAGGUCUGUCUAUAAACUGCUCUGUGGACAGUAACCCAGCAGCUGUUCUGAGCUGGAAUAAGGGGGAAGAUAAAGACUCAAAUAAUAUAAUUGGUGAAGGAUUUACGUGGUCACUGGUAAAAAUAACAUCCUCAGAGUCAGGUAUCUACAGGUGCUCAGCAAGGAACACGCAUGGGUCCAAUGAAACCCGUAUCCAAAUCAACAGAAAACCAGAGCAAAAUAAAGAAUCAGUUGUUAUAGAGUAA